GCUAGGCUUCUCAUAAACCGGUUCUGAUUCACCUCUCUGCAAGUUUUCUGGGCCAGGCUUCUCAUAAGCCGUCUCUGAUUCACCUCUCUGCAAGUUCAUGAGAAGCCGGCUCAGAUUCACCUCUCUGCAAGUUCAUGAGAAGCCGGCUCUGAUUCACCUCUCUGCAAGUUCUCUGGUCCAGGCUUCUCAUAAACCGGCUCUGAUUCACCUCUCUGCAAGUUCUCUGGUCCAGGCUUCUCAUAAACCGGCUCUGAUUCACCUCUCUGCAAGUUCUCUGGGCCAGGCUCCUCAUAAACCGGCUCUGAUUCACCUCUCUGCAAGUUCUCUGGGCCAGGCUCCUCAUAAACCGGCUCUGAUUCACCUCUCUGCAAGUUCUCUGGGCCAGGCUUCUAAUAAGCCGGCUCUGGGUGACACCUAUGUUUGCCAUCUACUGUGACGCUUAAAUGGACGGUCAACAUGGAGGAAGAGGAAAAAGAGGAAGAGGAGGACGAGGAAACCGAGGCGAGAGCAGAGAUGUGCGCCUGUCAAAAUCACUGUCUUAUGCUCUGAGACAUGGCGCCUCUAAAAUGGGGCUUCACAUGAGUUCAGAUGGCUUUAUAUUUGUGGAUGAACUUCUCGCUCAUCCGCAGUUCAGCUCGUUUUCACUGGAGGAUUUAGAGAGAGUGGUGGCCAUGAACGACAAGCAGCGCUUCAAACUGCAGAACCACCCAGAGAACGGACGCCUGCAGAUCCGGGCCAAUCAGGGACACACUGUGCAGGUUGAAGAUCUGGAGUUGAGAGCAGUAGUGCCAGAUGCUUCAGACUGUCCACAGGAGGCAGUUCAUGGCUCCUAUAUGAGGCACUGGGCCUCUAUACGCAGCAAAGGUCUGAGCAGAAUGAACAGAACACACAUACAUUUGGCACCUGGGCUUCCUGGAGAGAGUCAAGUUAUCAGUGGUAUGCGCCAGAAUUGUGAUCUAGCUGUGUACGUUGAUGUCCCAAAAGCUCUCUCAGAUGGAAUAAAAUUCUACUGGUCAGAAAAUGGAGUGUUGUUGACACCAGGUGAUGCAGAUGGUCUGUUGGCUCCUCAAUAUUUCUCUCAUGCACAGAGACUGAAACCAUCACCAUGUGAACUUGAACUGCAGUAGUCGAUGGAAGAUAUUUCUUGAAGGCUGAAUCAAGACGAGACAAGAAAACCAUAAACUUUGACAAUAAGUGCCUUUCAGCAGUCAAUGAAGUGGGAAGCCUUUAUCUUUAAAGAGUUCAAAAGCAAACUGUACUUAAUGUCAUGGCAACUUGUUCACACCCAGUUACACAAGAGAUAUCAGAAAGGAGGCAGGCACUUGCUGUGGUUUGGGCAACGGAAACCUGGAUGAUGUUGGACUGAGAUAAGGAAACGUUCUGUGAUAACGGAAGACCCUAACUGGUCAGUGUAACUCUUGCUGUGCAGGAAGUGAUAGCCAGUGGUUUCCUUAACUGUCACACGAAUAAAAUACAAUAGCUUCAAGUCAAGACUACUUCACUAAGGAAAGUGGUAGGAAUUAUAAAAGCAGUAAAAAAUGAA